AUGAGGAUUCGGUCCACAUGGCGGCUCCUCGCCGUGCUCGUCGUGUCUCAACUCGCGGCGGCUCAGCUGCCAGCCAACGGCAUCGAGCUCGACCUCGUGUUCCCUCGCGCCGGAGGUCGAUAUGCCGAGACCAACGAGGGGCUUCCGGUGCUGCUCUCCCUCCAGAACCCAGACGUCGCCUAUCACUACGGCUGGGUCUUCUCCUGGGACGUGUACAAGAAGCCUCACCCUCCGCUGGCCCGCUUGCCGUUCAACACCAUCGGGUCAAGGCUCAAGAACGACACCACCUACACCGACAACCCGCACCUCGAGGUCGCCUACACCGACCGCCUCGGCGCAGGCGACUACACCUUCUCGUGGACGAUCCAUACCGGGCCGUGGUGCGAGCUCUCGCCGAGCAGCGUCGAAUACGCGAGCAAUGUCAAGGUCGCCAACGGCACCUUUGAAUUCGCCGUGGACCCGGCGGCGCCGACGCCGACCUUCACCGGCACCUGUGCGACGGCGCUGGGCAUGAUCAGCUACGCCGAGUUGACGACCUACCACGGUCUCUACGACGGGAAGUACGACCACCUCGACGAUUCAAGCGCCGUCAUGUCCUGCGCUGUCACGGCGAACGUGACCGUCGCGCCCGAGCCGUGCCGGGCGACCGUCAACGCGGCAGAGGAGACGAGCAUCUCGAGUCGACUUCAAUGGGGGACGUAUGCCACAGCGGCGUCGACUGCGACUGCACCAGCGUCCACUUCUGCUGGUUCCUCCCCACGACAGGUCUGGGGGCCGCUCUCACUCUUGGCCUUCACCACGGUCUAUGUUGUUCUAUUCGUGUCUUGGACAGCUCAAUGAAAGCGGCUGUUCAGUGUUCAGGGACUCCCUAGCAAAUUUACCACGUUGGACAAUGCUGUGCAGAGGAAGAAUGGCAUCCGUUCAAAAAGAGAUGCGUGCAGCCCAAGGCGGUCCGUCCCUCCUCUGAAUCGCUCGCACACGAAGAGGAAGAAUGGCUGGUCCACUGCACGUGGGUUGGGUUGGGUUCGCGCGCCGCUGACAGGUUUGGUCUGGGCGAGAACAACAGGGUAAUGAAUGACACAAGGAUCUGCACCCGGAACAGUAGGAGAGUCCAGGGAGAUUACAAUGCAUCCUGCAGGGUCGUGGAUAUAU